AUGAGCGGAACGAAAAUACCGUUUAUCUUGGGCCGCAAACGGUCCAGGGGUUCAGAAGAGUUGCAUAAAACAGAUCAAGCGAGUCUGAGAGUUUUAGGCGACGUGACAAACACUCAAAGUGCUAUUGGUGACCAGAGAACGACCAAAAUGUCGAAAACAGCAGAUAUGAAUGUCAGGCUUAUGAACCGGUACUAUUACGGGGACCCCAGUGUCAUUGAAGAGGUCAAAAAGCGCGAACGUAAGGCUAUCAAAGAUAUUCAGCAUUUUCGGAGGUCAAUCGCUGCGAUUGAAUCGGAAACUAAGCUAAUUAUACAGCAAGAGUUACCAGCCAUCGCAUACGCGAUCUCGAAAAGAACCGUCCUGCAGCAAGAAUUGCGCAAGGAGCUGUUGCAACUGACCACAAAGCUUGAUGUCAAGACUGGGGAGUGCGAAUUGAUGCGUAAAGAAGCGGAAAUGGGCACUGAAAACUUGCGUCUACAAUUAUCCGUUAAGCUGCAGGAAGAACAGAAUAUAGUCAACAAAAAAUUACACGCGGAAAAGCUAUCGUGGGAAACUAAAGUGCGCGCCUGUGAAAAUGCGAAACCCGACCCAGAGAUCUUGAGCGAAAUUGAGCAAUUGAAUCGAGAAAAAGAUGUGCAAGACAGAACUCUGGAUGAGUUGAAGUGCCAUAAUGAAAAGCGUUGUACAGAGUUUACCCGACAACUUUCGCAAGAGUUCGAAAAAUUCAUCCAGCAGAAAGAAGAGCCCUUGCAAGAGAUUCACCAGACCCACGCAUCGUUGUCAAACCGGGCAUUCCAGCUUCGAUCGAAAAUGGAAGAUAUGGACAAGGCGAUCAAAGAGCGCAAUCUAGAGGAGAAGCAGAUCUGUGACCACAUCAAUAGCAUAAGAGAGAAAUUGCAAGAACAGGAGGCCCGAAAUCGACAAUUACGACAGAAGCUGACCGAGUCUCAAAAAGAACACGAUUUAGUAUCUUCAGCGACCGAUGAAGUCCAGAAGAGAGCGCAAUUGUCGGAAGCCCAUUAUAACAUUCAGUUUGAUAAAAUGGAAAGUGAACAGACGAGGAGGAGAAAGCUGGAAUAUCUCAUUGACAACAUGCGAGAUAAAAUCAGGUGUUUCGCAUAUGUCGAUAAGGACCUUCUCAAAAACUACAACAUCGACUACUCCACCAAAGAAAUAUCGAAUGAACAAGACCAAGCAUAUCGUUUUAGUCGUAUUAUCCCGAGGGGCCUAGUUUCGGAGGAGGACUUGCUUCGAUCUGAGUGCCAAGUGUUCAUAGAGAACUGCCUUGCCAAAAAAUCCCAUUGUAGUUUCAUAUCCCUCCCCAAUACUUCGAAAGACAAAUUUAGGGACAGCUUUGUGAAAUUUAUGUGCGAACAAAAAUGCAUCUCAAUACAAGUGCAAUAUGUUGCUCUUUCAGAAAAGGCUCCUUCUACCGAUAUGUUUUCUACACAUGUGAACUGCUUACCAGAUAAUGCGAUUGAGGUUCGAAUAGAAGAAGAAGCAGUCGAGAUGAACUCACGAGUUCUCAACUCUAGUCAAAUUUCUACCCAGGAAUUACCAUUAAACACCAUCGUAAGUGGUGAACUGUCUGAGGGUAUCGGUAUACUAAAGAUGAGAGUCUUACAAGAACAGGAAACUUUUACUGAUGUUUACUUUGUUGAAAUCAACGAUUUCGACACAGUCAAAACUCUCAAGACGGCGUCUGAACUCUCUGAAAAGGCUAACACGCCAAUCACUAUAAUUCUUCAAACAUUACUCCUACGCACCAAACCUAUAGUACUUUUCAACAUGUUUGAUCCAGAUAGCGAAAGGGCUAUAGAGGGCCUGCUUAGUUUCGCCGGCGUACUAAGCAAGCUCGAAACGAAAAGAAAAUCCAUUUCCCAUCGCAAGGCGUAA